CUGUACUAGUUCUCAUGAAAAUCAUGAGAUUAGUGAAAUAGUUGGUUAUUUUACUAUUCUAUAUUUCUAUUCGGUUGGUUUCCUUUUAUUAGUGUGAAAACAAAAUAAAAUAAAAUAAAUAGGACGGCAUAGAAGUGCGUGUCAAGUUCUCCUACUUUCAUAUCAAUCAGCAACAUAAUUUACAUAAACCACCAUUUUCAUUUGUAUCCAAAUCCUCUGCAAAUCUUCUAAAGUCUCUGCUUUCAUCUUCGAUCUCGCGGUCCAGCUACCCUUUAUCAAUCGCCAUGAAAGUCCCCGCUUCGAAAGCUCAAGGUAUAAUCUUGAGCAUUGAAACAGAGAAUAUGCAUCACGAGGCAAAAAGUUCGUAUUUUGAUUUGCCGGCGUUGGAUGUGUCCGUCGCAUUUCCUCAGGCAACUCCAGCUUCAAUCUUUCCCCCAAGUGUGUCAGAUUACUAUCAGUUUGAUGAUCUGUUGACUCCUGAGGAGAAAGCUGUUAGAAAGAAAGUAAGAGAGUGCAUGGAGAAGGAAGUUGCUCCAAUAAUGGCUAAGUAUUGGGAGAGGGCAGAAUUUCCUUUUGAAGUGAUCCCGAAACUUGGGGCACUGCGUAUUGCUGGUGGCAGUAUCAAGGGUUAUGGUUGUCCUAAUCUUUCCAUUACUGCAAAUGCUGUUGCGGCUGCCGAGGUUGCAAGAGUUGAUGCCAGCUGUUCUACUUUCAUUUUGGUGCACUCUUCCUUGGCUAUGCUUACAAUUGCACUGUGUGGGUCUGAAGCGCAAAAGGAGAAAUAUCUACCAUCUCUUGCGGAGCUAAAGAGUGUAGCUUGUUGGGCCUUAACUGAACCAGAUUAUGGAAGUGAUGCAAGUGCUUUGAAAACAACAGCAAGAAAAGUUGAGGGUGGUUGGAUACUUGAUGGCCAAAAGCGGUGGAUAGGGAACAGCACAUUUGCAGAUGUGUUAGUUAUUUUUGCUCGAAAUUUGUCCACAAAUCAGAUAAAUGGGUUCAUCCUAAAGAAGAAUACUCCAGGCUUACAAGCUACUAAAAUAGAAAACAAAAUCGGUUUGAGAAUUGUUCAGAAUGGUGAUAUUCUGAUGAAGAACGUAUUUGUGCCUGAUGAAGAUAGGCUUCCAGGAGUUAAUUCUUUUCAAGAUACAAACAAGGUGCUUGCUGUUUCACGCGUCAUGGUGGCCUGGCAGCCUAUUGGCAUUUCAAUGGGUGUUUAUGAUAUGUGUCACAGGUAUCUAAAGGAGAGAAAGCAAUUCGGUACCUCAUUAGCAGCUUUCCAACUAAACCAACAAAAGUUAGUUCGCAUGUUAGGUAACAUUCAAGCAAUGCAACUCAUCGGUUGGCGUUUGUGCAAGAUGUACGAGAGUGGUAAGAUGACUCCUGGUCAUGCUAGCUUGGGCAAGGCUUUCUGUGAUUUGGAGCCUAUAUACACGUACGAAGGGACUUACGAUAUCAACACAUUGGUAACUGGUAGGGAAAUUACCGGAUUUGCUAGUUUUAAACCAGCCGUGUCUAGUAGCCGAAGCCGUUUGUAGAAUUACUUCCCGUUUGCGCAAAGAUAUUGAAAUCUACUCAAUCUAUAAUAAGGUUGUUUACUUGUAAUAAGGUUAUUUUGCUUGUAUGUACUCAAUAAUGUAACUGUUUUUGGGUCUUUUUGUAUACGAUUCAUAUGGAAUCAUCAUGAAAAGGUCACUAAAGAACACACACUGGCAAAGUCCAGUCAGUAAAAGUUCAUCUGUAUGGGAAAAUUGUUGUUUUUCUAGGGGUGUUUCUAGUUAUACUUGUGUGAAUUCAAAUAUUCUAAAAGUUUGGUUUACUGCCAGCCUGACAGAAUUGAGAAAUAUAGCCAUAAAUUCUAGUGUGAUCUAUUGUAUAAAAGGAAAAAUGAUAUUCCCUCCUAUUUUUAGUAGGGUUUGUUUGGAAGGUUUGUUGGUUUAGUAGUGAUGGUUGCCAAGACCGGUUUUCAUGUUUGUGG